AAUAAAUAAAGAAAGACUUGUGAAUAAGAGAGAAAGAAAGAAAGAAAGAUUGUUGCCAAAGAGACGCCUCCUUCCUCAAUCACCAUAACCAUGGAGGAUCAUACUUCUCAAGAAUCUGAUGAAAAAAGAGAGCAGGCUAAGGAAAUCACUGACUUCGUUCAUCUGAAAAAAGAAGGCAGUAAUGACUUGUCUGAUAAGUCUUCUGAUGAAUCCAACGAAAGAGGUAGAGAAAAUUGUGAUCAGUCUUUCCAUGUAUUAGUCGGCAGAGGCUUCUUUGAUGAUUCAUCUGAAGAAGAAGACUAUGAAAGCAGCAGCAGCAGCGAUGAUGGUGAUCAGUCUUCACUAAUAUGUGAAAUACUCGGCGGUGAAUUCUUUGAUAAGUCUUCUGGGAAUGACACUGAUGAGUAUUCUUCUUCUGAAGAAGAAGACUAUGAAAGCAGCAGUGAUGACUCUGAUUCUGAUGAUUAUGCUGAUGAAUAUGAUGCAUCAGCAGGCUCAUUUGAUCAAGUUUACAAUUGUUACCCUCUCUCUCAGAUUGAAAAGUCACUCCCAGACAAUGGUGACAAGAUCAUAAUGCCAACUUCAGCUAUCACACAUCUCCUACGGUUGAAUGUGGAGUACCCUAUGCAGUUUGAAAUCAAAAAUCAAUCUACCGGUCAAGUUUCACACUGUGGGGUUUUGGAGUUCACUGGCAAUGAGGAUUGUGUCUACCUACCAACUUGGAUGAUGGAGAACAUGAAGCUACAAGAGGGUGACCCUGUGAUUAUGAAGAAUGUGAGGCUUGACAAAGGAACUUACAUGAAGUUGCAGCCUCACACCACGGAUUUCAUUCAUCUACCAUGCAUGAAAGAUAUGCUGGAAGACAUAUUGAGGAACUUCUCUUGCCUGACAAUUGGAGAUACUAUUAUGAUCAACCACAACAGUAAGAAGUUUUACAUUGAUAUAUUAGAGACCAAGCCUUCUGCUGCUAUAAAUAUUAUUGAUACAGAUUGUGAGGCGGAGUUUGCUCCUCCUCUAGACUACAAAGAACCUGAGAAACCAGCAACAAAGAAUGCAUUGGCCAAAGAUCAAGGGGAGCAGGCCAAUAAGGAAAGGAAGUUUAUACCAUUUACGGGAAUGGCAAGACGCUUGGAUGGGACAAAUUCUACUGAACCAGCUGUGCCAGAAUUAUCAUCUGAAGAGAAGGAGCAACCAUUGGGUGCUGCAGAUACAAGGAUGGCAACUCAACCAAAGUUCAGUUCGCAUAAUCAUGCAGGAAAAAUUGUGUUUGGUUCUCAUGAGACCCAGCCAAUGAAGAUCUCAAACGAUUUUGUUCAAGCAGAAACAUCAAAGAAAGAUCAACAAAAGUUUCAGCCAUUCACAGGGAAGAAGUAUAAAUUGACUGACUGAUUUGAUCUUAGUUAUUUAUGUGAGUAAGAUUAUAUACUUAUAUCUAACCAACUCACAAGUUGUACCAAUUAUUG